CUUAUCAAUCAUACUGAUAUCAUCGCAAUGACUUCCUCGGACUCCAAAGAAGCACCCCAGGCCAGCGCUGUCCAGACCCAGGUCAGCCUCGGAGGAAAGGUUAUCGCAAUAACCGGCGCCAAUCGUGGAAUCGGCCUCGGUAUCGCAGAAUGCUGUCUCACCAACGGUGCUGCCAAAGUCUACUCGAUCGACAUCGGCGAGACAGGGGAGGACUUCGUCGCCCUGGAAAAGCGCUACCCAGGGCAACUCAGGGCCAUUAGCGCAAAUGUAACAGAGGAAGCCACUAUCACUGCAGCCAUCGACAAGAUCAUCGAAGAGGCUGGCGCGCUGCACGGUAUGGUAGUCAACGCCGGUCGCACCCACCACAAAGCUGCUCUGGAUUUCACCAAGGAGGAGAUUGAGACUCUUUUCAACGUGAACCUGUUCGGAGCAUUUUAUAGUGCUCGUGCUGCAGCGCGUUCGUUUAUCAAGCUCGGAAUUAAGGGGUCGAUUGUUUUCACUGCGUCGAUGGCUUCGUACCGACCGAAUAAGCGCGUCCCAUCCACUCCGUAUGGCGCUUCCAAGGCCGGCGUUCGAAACAUGACUCACACGCUGGCUAUGGAAUGGGCUCAGUAUGGCAUCCGGGUAAACAGUGUUUCGCCAGGUUUGGUAAAGACUGCCAUGACAUAUUGGGUACCACAGCAGCCCGACUGGGAGCAGCAACUCAAAUAUUACGGAGGAUUUCCCCGGCUGGCGGAGGUGCAGGAGCUGGGGGGUGCUUAUGUGUAUCUGCUGAGUGAUGCUGCUAGCUACACGACUUCGAUUGAUAUUCCAGUGAAUGGGGUGAUUGGAAUUUGUUGA